UUGCACCUCGGCCCCGUCGCCCUCAUGCUUACCUUCCUGCACUGCAUGGCCGGCCCCUGCCCGAUGUGCUCCGAGUCCAACGACACCGACGACGCCAAGGAGGAGCCCGCUCAGGAGCGCCCUCGCCAGAUACUUGGAGCGAUAACCGCCAGUGGAUUGCAUAUUUCUGCGCUUUUCACUUGUCUCAUGCUUGCUGCUGAUGCGCUCAUGGGUACUUCGCCUGAGAAAGGAUCUCAGAUGGAACGAAUUGGUUCUAUAUUGAAGGAAUUGGGGGUAUUGGGCGGCAAUGCAAUUACUUGUUUCAUCGUUGUACCUGCUAUGGUAUCACAGGCGUGGAUGGUGCUGCAGCGAGGUUGGGUUGUUCAGUGUCUGCGGACGACAAUGCUGCAAAGGUGACACCGGAGUUUAUUUACCGAGCAACAACAAGACCCAGCGAUGCUACUGUUAAAACAAUCAACUGCUCGUCGUUUUCUGAACCACUCUUGGCAUGUCAUGUGGACAUGUGACAUAACUACCAGUUUACGUCUAAUUGCUAGCUAGCGCACUUUGUAGCUAAUUUGGUCUUUGU